AUGGAUCCUUCUCCAACUUGGACCCUCUCUCCCUCCACUAGUGCCUUCUUCCUUUUCCUUCUUGUUGCUUCCAAUCUUCUCACCUUCUACUUCUCCUCCUACACCUCCACUUGUUUUCUCACCACCACCACAGCUGCCGCCGCCGCCACCACCACCGAUGAUGCCAUAUCAAUGGACUCUGGCACCGACGAGGCCUCUUCAACCAAUAACAGUGACCUCCCAGCUGAAUUCCUUGCCUCCACAGAUCCACAAAAGCUCCCUCUUGGUUACAACCCUAAUUUUGACUCUGAUACUAUGUAUCCUCCAGUUGGCCACCCAUGCACAUUAUUUCCGAAAGAGCUCAACCUAUACAUGUCCUAUGAAAUCAAUGGCCCUUGCCCAGAUGAUGAACUCUUAGCUCAAAGACUCCUCCUCAAGGGCUGUGAGCCUCUCCCUCGCCGCCGAUGCCUGCCCGCCGCUCCCCCCAACUACGUCGAACCUCUUCCACUCCCAACCAGCCUAUGGUCCAUCCCCUCAGACAACUCUGUAGUAUGGACAGCUUAUUCAUGCAAAGACUACUCUUGUCUUCUCAACCGGAGUCAUCACCAAAAGGGCUUUGCCGAUUGCAAAGACUGUUUCGAGCUCGGCGGCCGCGAGAAGUCACGGUGGAUUACACAGAGCCAUGGAUUAGACUUCUCCAUUGAUGAAGUGCUUGCGAAGAAGAAGCCCGGUACAGUGCGUAUCGGACUUGAUAUCGGUGGUGGUACUGGCACAUUCGCUGUGAGGAUGAGAGAGAGAAAUAUAACUAUUGUGACUACUUCUAUGAACUUGAAUGGUCCAUUUAAUAGCUUCAUAGCAUCUAGAGGUGUUAUUCCUUUGUACCUUAGUGUGUCACAGAGGUUACCAUUCUUUGAUAAUACUUUAGAUAUUGUGCAUUCGAUGCAUGUUUUGAAUAACUGGAUUCCAGAGAAGUUGCUUCAUUUCUUGUUGUUUGAUAUCUAUAGAGUUCUUAGGCCUGGUGGGUUAUUUUGGUUGGAUCAUUUCUUCUGUUUAGAGGAGCAGUUGGAAGAGGUUUAUGUGCCAAUGAUAGAGACUGUUGGGUUCAAGAAGGUGAAGUGGGUUACUGGAAGGAAGCUUGAUAGAGCGCCUAAGAUCAAGGAGAUGUAUCUCUCUGCUCUGUUGGAGAAACCAUUGAAGAGAUCUUGGUAA